AUGACUCGAAGACCUUCUGGGGGAGGACGCCAACGCCUGUUCACACAACAGCAGGAACUUGCCGUUGUGGACCUAGUGAAGGCAGACAAUGCCAUCCGUCUCCACCAGCUACGAAAGAAAAUACUUGCAGACAGGCAAGUGUUCAACAACAUAAACCAUGUGAGCAUCACCACCAUCAGACGCAUCUUGGGAAAACACAGCAUCACCAUGAAGCAGCUCUACAGAGUCCCAUUUGAGAGGAACAGUGACAGGGUCAAAGGACUUCGAGCUGAAUAUGUACGGAGAAUCUUGGCCAUGGAUGGAGCUGCACAGCCGCAUGGAUUCAUUUUCAUUGAUGAAGCUGGAUUCAACCUGUGCAAAACAAGACGACGGGGUCUUGUACAGAACAGACCAGAUCAGCCCAGGUUUGUGGUGAUAUGGGAUAAUGUCAGUUUCCAAAGGGCUGCUCUGGUCCAGGCCUGGUUCUCCAACCACAAUCAAUUUGAAGUGGUAUACUUGCCCCCUUACUCACCAUUUUUAAACCCCCAACCGCAUGCCCCGAUGCCUCUUCUGCAGGCAAUGGAACAGGCCUGCGGAGACAUUCAGGUGACAGCAAUCCAUGGAUGGUUUCGACAUGCAAGAGGAUAUUUUCCCCGGUGCCCAGCGGGAGAAGACAUUGCUUGUGAUGUCGAUGAGGUCCUGUGGCCAGACCCCAACAGACGGCGGGAUCCAUGA